AUGGAACUGGGCGUGUCACACAUAGGAUGUGAGACUUCUGAAGUGCCUUUAUCUGAUAUUGCUCAAAGGAUUAUGGCAGCUUUGCAGUCUAUUCCGGUAGAAGUUCAGACUAGCAGAAAGAAUAACCCGAGUAUAGAGAAGACAAAGGAAAAAGAACUAGGUUGUAAGGACGCACAUCUGAAAAAUGAAAAGGAGAUUCCUGAUUCCACAGUUGUUUUAUUAAAGAAAUCUGGCAGCCCUGAAAAAAGUACUGUGGGUCAGAUAGUCAGGGCAGUACAGAGCGAUGAAAUGCUUUGCUGUCAAGAUACCAAAAUAGUGAGCUCUUACCAGGAUUUAGACUUGCCGACGUGGGUAUAUAGAGAAAGAAAUCUUUCAGUAGAAGCAAGAAACCUGAAGGAUGGUGAAAAGAAUAUAGCUACUUCCCUUAAAAGAAAGCAAGAUGUACCUAGGUGUUGUUCAGAGAAAACAAGAAGAUUACCUGCAAAGACCUCCACUACUUCACAUGAAUACAACUGUGCUUCUGGUCAGACGGAGUCUGCUGAAAAUUAUCCUUGUGAUAUCAGGAUUUUGGGAUGUGAAGAAAAAAGAGAAUUGCUUGCAGCUAUAGGUCAGGCAGCAGCUUUUGUAACUACUAUGAUAUUUCAAGAUGGUUCUUCACAGCUCAACUCAGAGCAGGUCUUAACCUCAUCAGUAAAAGGAGUCGUAGUGUUAGUGAAGAAUCAGACUGCUCACCCUUGCCCUCCCAGUUACUCUUCAACUGACUAUACUCGGAAUGCUGCUAGUGAAAACAAUAGAUUAAUUUAUUUAAGAACUGAAUGGUCAUCUCUUUGGCAACAAGAACAACAGGCUCACAAGAAAUUUGCUUGGCAAGUAUUGUUUCAAAUGCUACGUUGCAAAGUUCCAAUUAUUUGCUUCAAUGCAAAAGAUUUCCUGAGGACUCUACUUCAAGUUUAUGGGAACGAAAUUAGCUGGAAACAAGUUGCUGAUAGUGUUGUGUUAGAUCCAAGGAUUGCAGCAUGGCUGAUAAACCCCAGCGACACCGUUCCCUCUUUUGAAUGUUUAAUAGAGAAGUUUUCUGAAAAGGCAUUUUCUGUGGGAACAGUAAAUACAGAUACAGGCACUUUGAGAAAUGCAUCAUGUAAAAACUUGGGUGUGAACUUGGAGAAGCUUUAUAAUGUCAUGAUGGACCUUGCUCGUGACUUACAGGUUCAAGGUUUGUGGAAAUUAUUUUGCACAUUAGAGCUUCCACUUAUCAAAAUUCUGGCAGUGAUGGAAACACACCAAAUACUUGUGAACAAACAAGAACUGAAAAAAACAUCGGAGAUCCUGGGGUUGCGACUCAAAGAGCUUGAACAGGAAGCUCAUCAAGUUGCUGGAGAGCAAUUCCUUUUGACCAGCAGUAGUCAACUCAGAGAGGUACUAUUUGAAAAGUUAAAACUGCACACGCUGUGUGGGAAAGUUCACAGAACUGAAAUACAACAACUUGUGUCCACCUCAGAAGUUGUGCUAAAGAAGUUGCAAGAUCUUCAUCCUUUGCCUAAGAUAAUUUUAGAAUACCGUCAGGUUCAUAAGAUGAAAUCAACUUAUGUGGAUGGACUGCGAACAUGCAUGAGAAAGGGAUUUAUUUCCUCUACAUGGAAUCAGACAGGAACUGCGACUGGCAGACUUUCAGCCAAACAUCCA